AACGCACCCAGGCAGAUCAGACAUUCCUUAAACCAUAACAUAUAAAGCGAUGUGAGCGAGCGCUAUCCUAUUCAUCCAGAUUAGUCAAAAUGUUUCGUUUUCUUCUGUUUGGACUAUUAAUGUCGGUGUUUGUUACGCUUCCUUCGGUUAGGGCUGGCGAUAAAUCGACCGACCAAAAGCUCCUAGAAGCGAUUGAAAGAGCGUUAGAUCGACAACUCAUGGAUAUAAAAGUCGGGCCAACUAGUGACAGUGAAUACAAAACCUACGACUGUGAAGGAAACCAGAUAUGCAAGGACUGUUUUGACGAAUGUGGGGGAAAAGUGAAGUGUGCAAGCGUUUGCAUGCUGCGCGAUUUUGAAGAUGAAGACAAACGUGGAAGUGACGAUACGCAAAAGAAAGGAUGGUGGUACACAUAAACUCGGAGAUUUCUACCUUCAUAUCCUAUUCGGAGAAUUUCAUGAUUGGCAUAUAUGUGUAUACAAAGUUCAUACCGAAUACAUUAAACUAAAUAGGUAUUCAUUAGGUUAUCGUGUCUGCACCAACACCUGUUUCGAUUUGUUCUAUAAAGUCCAUAACAGUAUGAGCAGAGUUAAUCAGUCGCCUUUCCCAAUUUAAAAUUUGGAAUUAAUUGUAAGUAUUAUUCAAAAGGCACAAUACAGCUUGAUACCGAAAACAUUUUUAUUUUUAUCUUAAUGCAUUAUUAUGUUUAACUCAUUUGUUUUUAAUGAUAAGAGAAACAGAAAACAUAAUCUAACACCUUCUUCUAGCUGACAAGCAUCACCAAUUUUACGAAAAUUUAAUUUCAAAUUAUAUCCGCACACAAUUGUUUUACAACAUCGUAUCUUUGAUUAAAGAAAGCAACACCCCCUCGUGUACUUAUUAUACAUGUAAUACUUAUAUUUGCAUUUAUUUUUCCCUUAAUAACCCUGUCCCUGUCUUGUAAAAUAAAUUCUGAAAACUA